ACCCAGGGUGAAGUGGAGGGCUUCGGGUAAGAAAGUUGUCGGUGAGGUCGGAGGCGGGAAGUGGUGUGCAGGUAUCCUUCCGUUUUUCCAAGGCAACACGGUCCAGUGAGGACACGGUUUGGGUUGUAAUCCUCUGCCGCUUCCGUGGUAGGUAAUUGUGGUGUGAGGGUUAUAUGAAGUCACGCAAGUGUCUGGGGAGUCCUGACAUUCAGUUGUGGUUGUGCUUCUAGUUGGAAUCUUUUGGAAAAGCCGUAUGAUUUUUCACACAGCUCCUCAGACCCUGGGAGUGGUGGUUUGAGGGGCUCUGAGGCUGACAGGAGAGAGGUGUGCGCUCUGGCCGCCAGUUUACUUCAGUCCAAACCACUCUCAUUCUGUUUUAGUUUUGUAUAGUCUCUUUGUAGUUUCACUUGUGGGAGGAUUUUGCUUCACUAAAGGACUUUAAGAGAUCUUCCAAAGGGAUCCAGUCAGCCCUAGAGCUGGAGAAGAGGGAGGGUUUCCCAAGCCUAGGGCAGCCCCGAGGAGCUCAGUCGGCAGCAGCCCUUUCCUCUGCUCCCUUUGUGGGUCUGAUGACCUCCUCUAGACCCGUGCUGUCCACUGUGUAGCCACUAGCCUCAUGUGGCUGUCGAGCCUUUGAGAUGUGGGUAAUUCGAAGUGUGAUGCGUUGCAAGUGUAAACACAAACCAGACUUCGAAGACUUGGUAUAAAACAAAAAAUGUAAAAUAGCUCAACUUUUUAAUAUAGAUGUUGAAAUAUUUUGAGCAUCAUGGGUUAAAUAAAAUAUAUUAUUAAAACCCACCUGUUUCUUUUUUUUUCUUAUUUUUUUAAUGUGGCUACUAGAAAAUACUCAAUUUUAUCUAUGUGGCUUGCUUUUGUGGCUCACGUUACACUGUUUUGGACUGUGCUGCUCUAGACCUCUGGGACUGCUUUCCUGCUUUCCCUCCCUGGCCUCCAGGAGGCUGGGUCUGGACACAGCUGAGAGGGUCCGGUGGCCCAUGGGCUGGCCUGGGCCAGGCUUCCUCAUCUAGGGACCCUUCCUGGCACCAGCGUGCAUCAGUGCCAAGGCUUUCUUGUGUGCUAAUGAGACGGCGCUGGUGUUGGGAGCAGAGGCUGAGGCGCUUGGCUCUGGAACACUGCUGAGUGCUAGUUAUGUAAUCUGUGCUGCCCAGAAGGGCCACUAGAUGCUGCUCUGUGAUCCCUGAAGGAACAAAGCAUGGCUUCCUCAGAAGCCAGGGCUUAGCCUUGCUUUAUCUGGAGCCCUUUCUGGAAGGUAGCUGGCUGGGGCCUUGGCCUCUCCUUCUUGGGGUAGUAUGGGAAUGGGGCCAUGCAGAGGACGGGAUUCUCUGAUGAUACACAGGAAUGCCAGCUAUAGCAGAAGGCUAAUGGCAUAGGUAACAAGGAGGCUGGCCCUUCUAGAAGCUAGAGGCAGGCUAUAGGAUAAAUAGGCUGAUUGAUGGGGUUUAGAGCUCUUCUCUGAAGAAGACUGGGAAGAAAACAGCUCUGCUUCGUUCAGCCGGGUCUGCGUUCUGGGGCCUUGAUUCUGCCAUUUGUGGCAGAAUAUUGACCUUUCUUCCUUGCCUUGCAAUUGGAGCUGUGAUGGGGGCUUGGGGUGGAGCUGGUGAUGGUGGGUGCCUUGAAACAGUGGGCAUGGCCGGGUGGAUAGAACUUCCGGUCAGCCUCUUUCCUCAGUCACAGUAGCAAGCGGGCUGGCAGUGCACGUUUCAUUCAUGCUGUGCUGCAAACAUGGCUUUGCCUUUGACACGUGAGGAGAUUGAGGUAGUAAUGCAAAGAGCUCUUUUUGAAAGUGCUAGGGAAGGCUGGCUGAACAAAGGCAAGAAGAGAAGAUACCAGAGUGUGGUCAGAUUGGAAAAGGCCCAGGCAAGUGCAUGCUUCUUAGGUUUGGGAAAUUGAAAUGGGGUAAAGUGGACCUUGGUGCUGUCUGCCAUGAACUGGAAUAGCUAGAACUGAAAUUUGUAGGUAUAGGGAACAGGGUGGGUCCAGAUAGUUCUAAGGGGAGGAUUACAGGCUUCGAAAUCUAGGCCCGUUUUGUGAAAUGGAAAGCAUUUAACCUUUGCUCAACACCAGAAUCUGAAGGCGACCCUGAGAGGCAAUAUGGACAAAGGCUGGGCCUCUGGGCCUCUCCACCUGGGGCUGGUGGGAGAAAGGCUUAGCCUUAGAGAGAGAAAAGAGAGUAAUUGGGCCAGGGGGCCUGGAGGAGAUUACCUCUUCAAGCUCCUUACUAUAGGGAAGGAGGGUUGAGGAUCACUCCAUUUUCAAAGCAGGCAGAGGUUGUACACGGAGGAACAUUUGGAGGGAGGGGCGCAGUGAGCUAAGGGCCUGCUUUCAUCUAAGUUAAGAUGACAGCUGCUGUGGAGGUUUCAGAAGUAGCCCUCUGGGUACAGAACAAUGCAUUUUCCAUUCUACGGUCACCAAAGUCCCUAAAGCUUUCAAUUGCCACUAUUGACAGAGAAAUCGCUGGGUAGUACAUACACAAAUUCUAGCGCUUUCUGACUCGAUAGCAGCAUUGUUCUGUGUAGGGCAGUAGGCAGAACUGGCAGAGCUGGCACAGGUUGACAGCCUCGUGUGAAGUGGCCAGGGAAUUGGGUAGUCUAAUCUGGAUUACCACUUCCUUAUCUUUUGGUCCAGAGGUGAUAAUCUGGAUUCAGAUAUGGGUUGGAGCUUCUGUUUCUCUGGUUUGUGGUCAACUCUAAAUCAAUUUACAGAACAAAACUAAAAGAAAAACGAAUGAUUCUUGUGAAGGAUCUGAAUUCUUGUCUGUGAGAGGAAUUGUUCUUAGUCGAGUCAGAAUUUUACAAUUUUACUGGUGCCAGAUCUUCAAAUGAUACAUGUUUUGCAUGAAAACCAGUUAAAUCAGAGGAUCAGAGGCUGGUUGGAAAAACGGUUGCUUCAGCUUUACUAGAACUGGUAAGAAGGCCAGUGGAAACGUCGAGGUCACAUCUGUGAAGGACUGGCCCGUCUCUGGGGCAGCGGACGACCCAGGGGCUCUCAGAGCCCUAUUGGUGUGGGAAAGCCAGGCGGUAUUUGCGGACCAACCCGGAACGCCUAGGCCUCUUUGGCCUGGAUUUCUAUUUACCUCUAGGCCCGGGGCAUUUACCUGGAGUGCGGGAACAGAGGACCCGGAGGGGGAGGCACGAAAGUCGAUGGGACAGCCCAUCGGGAUGCGAGUGGCUUCAGCAAAGGCUUCUCCUCCCCCGGCGCCCCAGCAUCUUUCCCGGGUGGCGAGGAUGUUAAUGGAAAAAGGGAUCUCGGAGUCCCGGCCAGCCUCUGUGGAUGGCUUCUCGUGCGGCAACCUCAGUCCGGGCGGGCCGCGCGUCGCCAGGGCGGGGACGCGGCCGAGAGCGCCCCCGCGGCCCGCGGCUGCGGGCGCCGCGGCGGGAACAAAGGCAGCACGUGUCUGGGCGGGGCGGCGGGCGGGUUCGGCCCUCGGCCCCACCCCCGGCGCUCCCCCUCCCACCCCCGGCCCGGCCCCGAGCUCGGCUGCGCGGGGCGCCCAGGACUCUCACGCGGCCGGGCUGCUGCUGGCGCGGCGGCGCAGAGCGGGCGGCGAGCGGUGCGGGAGGGGCGGCCCCAGGGGCGGGGCGGGGCUGGCGCCGCGAGUACCCGCCGCCACCGCCCGAGUCCGGGUCCUCCAAGGGGCGCGGCGAGUAGAGGCGCUCGGGAUCGCGGCCGCGUCCCUGUCUGCACCGCGCCCGGCUGUCGCUGAGGACCGCGGCGGCCCCGGGAUCCCCGGCCAGAGCAGGCCAGCCCGGCGCGUGGGCCGCGCGCGCGCGCCCCCGACAAGGAGGCCGCGGAGGAGCGCGCCGGGGCGGGAACGGGAGCGCGGCGGCGGCGGCGGCGGCGAAGGCGGCCGGCGGGGGGCGGGGCCGCGGCGUCUGCAGAACCUUGGACAGAAGCUCCGGAGCCGCCGCCGCCGCCGCCGAGCGCGAGCCCCGCCGAGCCGCGCCGAGCGCGGGGGACCGCGGGCCCGAGCCGCGGCGCGCAUUGCGGAGGGAGGGCGCGGAGCGCAGGAGCCGCUGCCUGCCGGAUCUGAAGGGGCAGCACGCGCCCCCGGGAGCGCCCCCGCCUCCUGCCCGGGGCCGCCGCGGGCUCGCUGAGCUGUCUUCUCCCUCCGGCCGGCAGGCUGGGCGCACAGGGGCGCGG